CCGCUAGGCGGCUAGGCCUCUUAGUGGUGCGGUUGAAAUAUCAAGACGCGGCAAUGGUGACUGAAUAGUUUGCUGGUUGUGCGUGUGCUGUGUGUUUGCUUAUGGUCGCAAGUGGAGGGCGGAGGUGGAUACUCGAUUACUAGGGGGACGCACGCCCAUCGCAGCCCGCUGCAAACUUUCGUGGACCGUCUUACACGGAUUAUCAUCUACGCCUAGUCGGAGGAAUGUGGAAAGCGACGCUUGUUAUCCUACUACUGCUCGCCGUCAAUGGAGUACAACUCACAGCCGAAAAGGUGCAAAGCACGAAAGAAAAGCAUGGCGAUAACGGCAUGUUCUUCAUUGAUGAUCCCCAGAGCGACCAGGCUGUGGAAGGCAGUGCAGAUUUUGAAGACACGGACGCGUCAUCUGGGAUAGGAGACGAUGAAGAUGCUGAGGGCUCUGGGGAUGAACACCUAUCCGAAGAAGAAAUGGGUUCCGGAACCGUGGGUCCAGUGUUUGUCACGCCCAAAGUCACGGUCGUCACAGACACGAAACACCCUCCCAAGCACUCUGCCAAGCCAAAGGGCCCAGCUCUCAAUCCUGAGGACGAAAAUGUCAUUCCGGAGUUAUCUGGUCCAGUGACAUCCACCAAGGGCCCUCGUCCCGACAUAGCGCAGGGACCCCCAGGCGGUGGCUACGACGACGACAAUCGACAAAGCAACAAUAUACCCUUGGGGCGCAAGCAGGACAACCGACCGUCCUCCUUUUUUGCUCAGCCUGGCAUUUUGGCAGCGGUGAUCGGUGGUGCCGUCGUGGGCCUGUUGUGCGCCAUCCUGCUUGUCAUGUUCAUUGUCUACCGGAUGCGCAAGAAGGACGAAGGAAGCUACGCCCUGGAUGAACCCAAGCGGUCACCGACAGUCAACUCGUACAUGCGUAGCAGCAACAAGGAGUUCUACGCUUAGAGAGAUUGAGACGAUACCGCCACUGAUGUGCGUGCAAAGGAAGGACACCUCUCUUACCCCUCCUCACUUGCCUCUACCCUCAUCUCGCGCAACACCAGCACCAAGGGGGUGGGCAAGCCACAAACUUCUCGCGUGGAGGCGUCAUGAAAUGCCGCAGCCGCGGAAGUUUUAAAAAGACAAAAAUGCGUACGGUUUGCCACGCAUGUUAUACUUUUCUCCCCCUUUUUGUUCCCUCUCCACGUAGAGUAACGUUUUAACAAACUUUUACUUCUAGUUUCCUUCUCGUGUUCCUUGACCCUGUUUUAAAGUGAAAGCGUAUUCUUAAAAAAAAAAGACAUUUUAAAGAAUGUUGGAUUUGUUGUGCCUUAUAGUUGUCUCUUGAUGUAACGAAAUUUUGUUUCUUACAUUAGUUGGCCUUUCAUUUUUAACACCGCGUGUCAUCAUCCCCUCUGUAGUGCAGUCAAUGACAGCUCGUUCCCGUAGGCUCCGCAUGCAGUAAUACCAUGCCAGCUUCAACUGAAAGGGGCCUUCUAUUUACUGCUGCCUGUCAAGUACAGUGUGAAGGGUGUUGCUCCUAUAGUGCCAUUUAUUUAAGCAUUCUUACUUAUAUACACCGCAACUUUGGCGCUGCAGUUUUUUGUUGAGUGCAAGCUCACUGUAUGGGAGUACGCAGCGGGAAAAGUCCAAUGCCAGGACAUAUCCACACACCUGGCCUGUAAAGGUGUAUGGACAGUCAAAACGGUGAAACUUGGCUUCGUUGUUCCAGCCGUCUCAUCAAGGUACCAAACAAGGACGUGCUUGCUAAAGCAAGCUCUCACUGUGUUCUAUGCUCGGUCAAUUGGCUGCAGCACUAGCUCUAAGCAAGUUUCUCCUGUUUGCUCCAUCCUAACAGCAGUGUCAUAAAGAUGUCCGGUUUGUACAUUCCAGCUGCUGUCGGGAUGGGUUUCUUACUGUUGUGCAGUGUCCGUAUAGUCGCAAUGUUCCUUACAUUUGCAAUGCCUUGGUGGCAAUCGAUCGGAUUCAGUUGCAGGCUGGCCAAAAGCAGCACAAUGCUGCUAAUGAAUGUCAUGUGCAAUUACUCUUCUAAGUUUUGUGGGAUCUUGGGCUGACAUCUCAUGGAUGACAAAGCAGACUACCUUCCGCACUUUACAACAUGCAGAUCAUUUCGUGGAAUCGCAUGGUCUCUUGUCGGUGUACUUUUUACGAAGGCCCCAAUGCUCUGUUCCCUGCCAAGAGUGCACGUUGGCGAGCUCCUAUUAGGCUCUGCUCGUGUUCACAGACCAACAGUGUGUAUGUGUAAAGCUCUGGUGUAUGCCACCAAAUGAGUGCAAAGUGUAGUGUUCCUGUACUUUUUAUUCCACUGUUCCUCUUCGCAUAACUCUGUACUGUUGUGCUGUACACAAAGAGGCCUCCCUUCCUGACCAAAUCUAAAUUGAUGUAUAACAGUUUCCGCAAUUGGGUGACGUUUAACUCCAGCAUGAAAUGAUUUAUCUCUUUAAUCGUGUGCACUCAAGGAAGGUUUUCGUGAUUUAGGCUGUUUUCUUUUGUUUAUUGCUUUUCUGGUGCUGUUGUCCCCAAGAUGAAACGUUGCCUUGGAAAUGUAGCAUUGGAGGAUGUCUUGUAAUCAAAUAGUCCAGCAGAAAGCAGUAGUGGAUAAGCAAACCUGGAAAAUUGGCACAUUGGUACAUUCAUGCUGCACAGGUCAGGGUGGGUUGAACUUUUCAAGCUCUGCGAGUACACUUGCCAUGUAUACAACCUGCCCAAGAUUGUUUUUUUUUUAGUACCCUUCUGUGCCUCCCUCUCUUGUCACUUAAAGUGCUUGUAGCGUUUUGUAUCGCCCAUUUUCUUUUUCUAUACAAUAUACACAUAUACACGAAAGGGGUGUGUCGUGAAAGUCUGUGUGUGCAUGUUUUAUUCACUCUGUGCAAGAAGGGCGUUCUGUCGCUUUGAAACCUGGUAUUGAAUGGGACAUCAGUGCUUUUCGAGUGAAGAGCAUUAUCAUUAUUUCACCGGAGCCCACCUGCCCACGCUGUCUGGGCCCCUCUUAUGCAUCUAGCCUUUCUGUAAUGACACUUUGGCAUCCCCGUCCUGUUUAGUCUCCAUUGUUCCUCGUCUCCCUUUCGUCACGCUGUUGUUUUUGUGCAUGUGUUUAGCGUUCACGAAGCCUCCUAACUAUCACCACCCGGUUUUUCUUUCUUGUACAUACUUCACGAACUGUGCAUCCCAUGCAUCUCAAGGAAGGCAAAUGCAAAAAGAACCUCUGACGGGCAUGGGAGCAUCCAGUACGAAGUUUAGCGUGCCUCGUGCGCUUUCUGCCUUGAUGAUAUCCGCUUUGAUCUUGUUUGUCUGGCUUUUUUGUGUGCCGCAUAUGUCAUUUUAGAGCAUAGUGUGUUCAGAGCCUGUAAAUACUGUACACUUCUCCAAAAUUCGCUUAGGAGAUAACCAAGCUUGUCUGCAACAUUGCGAGAGUAGUAUUCUUUUAUCAAACUUUGUAUGUGUGAACAGUGGAUGUUCUAGCAGUUUGUGUCUUCAUAAAGUGGGGUCGUCAAGAAAUUCCUUUUUUUUAAUACCUUGUGAAAUCGUCUCUAUAUUUUUAACUUCCUUAGUACUAUAUUUUUGCGAGGACAAUUUUUGUUUGUCUGCACUUCAGUACAUGAACGGAAGAUUGGUUAUUUCUCCUCAAUACCUAUUAAGGUUCUAGCCAUCCUUAAAGAUUUUUAAAUGCUGUUCUAUAUGAUUUCACAGACUUCUUUUCUAUUGCACAGUGUUAACUGAAGCCAGAGCGUGAUGUUUCCAUUUACCGUUCCUUGCAUUUAAAGCAACCCUGUUCUAGUUCGGUAGUUUUUGUUUUUCAUGCCUGCUCACUGCUAGAAUCUUAAUAUAUUGUAUGCAAAGAGUGCGUGUUGUUGUACGGUGUUUUCACACAUCCACAUGCAACUGCUGCGAAGCAAUCUUUUGUACAUGUUUAAUUUAAAACGUCGCUGCAUCAAAGACCAAACAGUAGCUUCCAAGACGUACCAAAAUGGCGAUGUGUCCGCAUUAGUCAUCUUGGCUGCCUUUUCAGCGAAACUGCUGAUAGGUUCCAAAGAGUGGCACAGUUGAAGGCACUGGUCUCCACCUUGUAUUGCUUCGAAAACAUUUUUGUACAGAAGUUUUCAUAGUUGUCAAUACAAUAAAUUGAUGGAUUUACAAAAAAG